AGAGCCUUCAUUAACAAGAGCUGCCUUAGAUAACAGGCCUGGGGCAGCGCUGAAGCCAGAUAAGAACAAGUGGCGGACAGUCCAGGAUGCAGGGCGAGCCUGAGCUGGCCGGGUGCUCCCUGCAGACCACUCGGCAGCAUGAUGUGAGCCCAGUGCUCCCUGGCUCCUUCCGGCACCCAGUGACUUGCCACCACUACCGCAGCCCUACGGCCUGCUCUCCAGGGCCCAAGAUGUCUCCUGGGGCUCUGUGGCUGGCCCUGCUUGUGCCGUCCCUGCUGGCCUACCUUGUGCAAGGGAGGCCGUUGCAGAGCGGGUGGCAGACAUUGCCAGGGGAGCCUGGCAGCGGGCGGCAGGAGAGCACUGUGGACCUGACAGUGCUCCUGGAGAACAUGAAGGUGGAUUUCCUGCGCAGCCUCAACCUGAGCAGCGUCCCCUCCCAGGACAAGACCAAGCUGGAGCCACCGCAGUACAUGAUCGACCUGUACUACAGGUACACUUCAGACAAGUCUUCCACCCCGGCCUCCAACAUCGUGCGCAGCUUCAGCGUGGAAGAUGCCAUCUCCACAGCUGCCACCAAAGACUUCCCCUUCCAGAAGCACAUCCUGCUCUUUAACAUCUCCAUCCCCAGGCACGAACAGAUCACCAGGGCGGAGCUCCGGCUCUAUGUCUCCUGUCAAAAUCACAUGGACAACUUCCGUGGGCUGGAAGGAAACAUGGUCAUCUAUGAUGUCCUGGAUGGAGAAGAUGCCUGGGAUGGUGCCUCAGGGACCAGGACCUUCCUGGUGUCUCAUGACAUUAGGGGCGAGGGCUGGGAGACCUUAGAAGUAUCCAGCGCUGUGAAGAGGUGGAUUAGGGCAGACUCCUCCAAGAGCAAAAAUAAGCUGGAAGUGAUGGUGGAGAGCUGCAGGAAGGGCUGUGACACAUUGGACAUCAGUGUUCCCCCAGGUUCCAAAAAUCUGCCCUUCUUUGUCGUUUUCUCCAAUGACCGAAGCAAUGGGACCAAGGAGACCAGACUGGAACUCAGGGAGAUGAUCGGCCAUGAGCAGGAAAGCAUGCUCAGAAAGACACCCAAGAGCAGCUAUGGGGAGUCAGGCGAAGGCCAUAGGGAGGAAGAGGAAGAAGGGGAGGAGGAGGAGGUUGCGGCAGGUCACGCUGCAAUGGGGUCAUUGUUAGCCAGACACAAGCGGAGCAUCGGGGCCAGCAGCCACUGUCAGAAGACCUCCCUGCGGGUGAAAUUCAAGGACAUUGGUUGGGACAGCUGGAUCAUCGCCCCCAAGGAGUACGAUGCCUACGAGUGUAAAGGUGGCUGUUUCUUCCCCCUGAGCGAUGACUUGACACCAACAAAACAUGCCAUUGUGCAGACACUGGCACACCUCAAGCAUCCCAAGAAGGUGGGCAAGGCCUGCUGCGUGCCUACCAAACUGAGCCCCAUCUCCAUCCUCUACAAGGAUGAUGGAGGGGUGCCCACCCUCAAGUACCACUAUGAGGGCAUGAGCGUGGCUGAGUGUGGGUGCAGGUAGUACCUGCCUGGGGGACAGGGGAAGGCAGGGGUUCCUGGUGAGAGGCCCUGCGUCCCUUGGGAACAACAGGGACUACAUGGCUCUUCAGGUCAGCCUGGAAAAAGGAAGGGAGACUGCUGUCCUUCUUGUGACACCGCCAAAGCACACUUCCCUGGGCUCCACCCCUGGCGAAGGGGACACGAAGGAUGUGGACAGAGUAGGAGAAGGGGAUGGGCCUUAGGAUGUUUGAUUUAUAGGCACAAAAACCAAAAGCCAGCAGGCCAGCAAGUACUCCUGCUCAGGUCUGUGCGGCAGCAAGGCCUAGGACCUGCGUGUCAGCCAGUUACUCUGCAGUACAAGAGCGGUUGAUGUUGGGAGGCUGGAGCGCUGGGGCCAGGCCGAGCUUGUCACAUCAGGCUGUGACCUGCUCUCUCAUGUUUUCCUUCUGUGGCCAACGGCCUUCUAAUAUCAUCCCCGGGUCACUGGAAAACUGUCCCCCAAACCCAGCUGCAGGCUGCAGAGAGUGCCUUCAAGACAAGUCCUCUGACAUGACCUGUGACAAAACCACUGUGAUUCUGGUGCUGUGCACAGGUCAGGGAUUCACAGAGGGACACACAAGGUCCCUGGACUCCACUCUGUGACAGUCUGAAGGGGACAGCUGGUGUCCCGCCCCUUUGUGAUGACCUAAAAGACUGCCCAGCUGCCCAGCAUAAGGUAGUCAUGCAGCCCCUGCCCAAGGAGACAGAGGGCAGGGCAAGGGUUUGGAUUUGUUGGAUUUAACUAUGCUCUCAAUUUGGUAUUUGAAAUGUCCUUGUUUUUACUCCUUGGAGACAUGCAUUCAGGUGAUAAAAUAUCCAGCUUUCUGGCCAGGGUCCCCUGGCACUUGAAGGCCCCCUUGUCGGCCCCCUUCUGCAGGUUUCUGGAGUCACACAGGCCCUGUCCCCACGGUUUCACCUGCUUAGGGUCCUUCCUGUCCUCUGACCCUGCUGCUGCACAGGGACCUGCGUGGCAUGAAGAGGCUGAGAGGCACGGAGGGUCUCCUACCCCUCCCCUCCCUGCGGAAGCCCCCACACAGGAAGAGAAAGUCAGUGUUAAAUGUUUACAUGGAAUCAACGAGCAACUUUAAUGAAGCACUGAGUUCAGCUCCUGGAGUUGGAGAAAGUGUGAAUGCCUGGUUCCUGCCAAGCAGGGUGAUGGGACAGGGCUGUUCCAGUGGUGGGUGACUCUUCUUCCCAUCUUGGGUGUGCGUUUCUAUGUCUGUGUGAAGCUUCACUUGGAAAUAAAGUCAAAUGCUGAUGUGA